AAUAGAGAAAAACGGCGUUAUUAAUAAUAUUACUCAAUUAUGCAGAUAUUCGUGAAAACCCUAAAUGGCACCACUAAUACUUUUGAGGUUCAGAGCACUGAUACCAUUCUUUUUGUCAAGAACAAAAUUCAUGACAAACAAGGAACUCCACCCGAUCAACAACGUUUGAUCUAUGGUAGUAAACAAUUGGAAGAAGACCGCACCUUCUCUGAUUACAAUAUCCAAAAAGAAUCAACUCUUCAUCUUGGAUUGAGGCUUAGAGGAGGCAAACCGAUGAGCAUUGAGCCUUCUUUGAUUGCUUUGGCUCAAAAAUACAAGCAAAAUAAGUUGAUUUGCCGCAGAUGCUAUGCUCGUCUGCAUAAUAGAGCCACAAACUGCAGGAAGAAGAAGUGCGGACAUAAUAAUGAUUUGAGGCCCAAGAAGAAGUCACAACAUGUCUAAUAUUCCAGACCAUGCUAAUAUUUUUAUCUUACAAAUAAGAAUUAUAUUAGGAAUGGAUGAUCCCUAUAAGUUCACGGACAAUUCUAUUUAGGUGCAUUUGUUUUAAUUGGAAUAUUUCUAUUUUAAACAAU